AUGUCAAACGUGACUGACAAGUGGCCUCUGACGCACGAAAGAUUCUCUGAGGAAUGGGCUGAAUCCAGCCUUGCCCAGACCAAGCCCUCAACUACCUUGAGAAACGUUGCCGCACUGCUUCGCUGCCAGUUAGUGUUCGCGCUCAAGUCACUGACGUACUUAAGACCACCGUGCGCCCUGUCCCAGUAG